AUGAAGUGGAUGUUCAAGGAGGACCGCUUGCCGGAACACAGAUGCGUGGAAUCUGCGAAGACCCAAGUGAAACAUCCCGACCGGGUUCCAGUGACUGUGGAAAAAGUCUCAGGCUCUCAGAUUGUUGACAAUGACAAACGGAAGUAUCUAGUUCCAUCUGACAUCAGUGUGGCUCAGUUCAUGUGGCUCAUCAGGAAAAGGAUCCAGCUUCCUUCUGAAAAGGCAAGCUUCCUGUUUGUGUGUAAAACAGUCCCACAGUCCAGCCUAACUACGAGACAACUUUAG